AAAAAUGUUUUUAAUCUGUAGUUAAAGAUAAUAAAUAGGAAAAUCACCGUGAAAUUAACGUUAAUGUGCCGUAUUUGAGUGAAAGGUUGUUUUGUACGAUCCGGCGCAGGGAUACUGCAGCCUUGCGUUGGAAGAGGAACACCGGCCGCUACUCGUGUUUUAAGGUAUCUUUACAUUAGCUACGCGUAGUCGGAUUCACUCGGAUUGACUUUACGUUUUAAAUGAUAGAAACAUUUUAUCCGAGCCGCAGGCCGUGUGUAUGGAUUUCUUGAGGUCGACGUGUUUUUGAAAGAAUCCAGGUAACGUUGCCAGAAUGCCACUACAUGGAAAAAUAGUUGUGGUUAAGCGGAGCGGAGGAGACGGCACGGAAUUUCCUCUGACUGCAUCGUGCUUGUUUGGAAGGAAGCCUGACUGUGAUAUUCGUAUUCAGCUUCCCCAAGUUUCUAAGGAGCACUGCAGAAUUGACUUGAAUGAAAAUAAAGAGGUUAUACUAACAAAUUUGAGCUCAGUGAACCCGACCUGUGUCAACGGAGAGGUGCUGCAACAGUCUGAGCGUUUGAAGGAUGGCGAUGUCAUAACCAUUGUUGACCGUUCUUUCAGGUUUGAGUACCCUCCGGCACCCACGCCGAAGAAGUUUAUCAAAGGAAGCAGAGCCGGAACCCCCAAAUCCCAUCUUAAAGAUGGAACUAACCACAACAUCCAGCGAUCACUGGAGCAAACUAAGGGGAAGGACCCCAAGGAGGACGGUGACACGCAAGAAAGCAAUACAGUAUCUCCUUUUAGUGAUCUCUAUCAAAUGAUCAGAAAAUCUCUGGAUGUUAGGACCCCUCAGAAAUCUACUGGCACCAACAUCCGGACGCCAUCGAGGAAAAUCAAUGUUUCCACAAAAGGCACACUAAAAGUGGCAGAGGCCACAGUCUCUCAUGGCGAAGUUGAAGCAGAGGCUAAAAGUACAAGUAAUGUUGUCCCGACAUCUGACAAGAAGCGUAGCAAUUCCCCCCAGAUUAUCGCUUCUGAUGUGAUGACUCCUGCUAAAAAUGCAGCUAAUAAGUCUGAAGUGAGCUCUCCACAGACAAGGCAGCGUGUCACUCCUCAGAGGUUUAAUGCCAGUGAUGAUGUUGAGCGAAUUUGUACUCCAACACUCAAGUCGCCCGUGAGACGCAGGAGCAAGGAGGCCACACCAGCCAAGCAACAUGACAAAGUCAUAUCCAGUCCACACAAUAAAAACUCACCAGGAGUCAUGAAAAAAGGGGUGGCAAAUAAACGCAAAAGUGCAGAGCUUGUGCUUGACUCACCGGCACCACAUAUGAAGAAGAAACGUGUUUCUUUUGGAGGUUACCUGGUUCCUGAGCUGUUUGAUAAAAAAAUGCCCCCUGAUUCUCCCCUACGCAAAGGCGAGAAUCCUAGAAGGAGCCUCUGUCGUGUUAAACCCAAACAAUCACUGCUGAGACGAGCAUCAGUCAUUGGCCUGCUAAAUGUGGCUGAAAGUCCCACAAAAAAGAGCUCUCGAUCUCCAAACGUUUCUGUGAGGAACUCUCCAAAAGGACGCUCCCCAUCCUCCAAAGAGCCAUCCCCAGGAAAGAAGACUCCAAAACCAAGGACACCUUCUCCUCAUAAGAAGUCGCCAAAAUCUACACCAGCGAAGUCACCAAGACCCAACACUCCAUCUGCCAAGGCCUCAUUGUCAGUAGAGAAAUCAUCCGAAUCAAGAUCCUCUUCGGAGAAGUCAUCACCAAGGACACCUUUGCCCAAGUCAGGAAAAUCUACACCAACCUCACCCAAGUGGCCGUCUCCUGUUAUAAAGUCACUAAAACCCAACACACCAUCUGCCAUUCUGUCAAUGUCAAGAGAGAAGUCUCCCAAAUCAAGAUCUUCCCCAGCAUCUUCAGAAAAUACAUCAGGGACACCUUCGCCCAAGUCUCCAAAAUCUACACCAGCCUCGCCCAAGUGGGUGUGUCUUACUAUGAAGUCACCAAAACUCAACACACAGUCUGCCAAGGCUUCAUUGUCAGGUGAAAAAUCACCAAAAUGGAGGUCUUCCUAUCCACCUUCUUCUGAGAAGACAUCAAAACUCAGCACACCGAGGAGACCAUCUUCCUCCAGCAACAAAUUCGAAACUCCUUUGGCCAUAGGCCUGACUUGCAAGGAAACACCCACCAGCACAAAGAGGACAUCCCCCAGGCUUACCGCUCAGGGAAAUGGCAACAAAACACCAGUGAAAGCACCCCAGGGCACUCAAAUGAACAUUUCAUCCGUACAAGGACGCUUUUCUGUGUCUCGCAUCGAAACUCCAACACCAAUGGCAGAAGCUGCAAUCGUGGAUCCAGUGCAGUCAGCCAUGGUGAUACCCAAAAUCCCUCUGCAAAGGAAAAGCAUGAAGACUGCUUCACGCAAGACUCCUUUGGCGAAGAGUGCUAUUAAAGUCAUGAUCAGAAGAAGUGGCAUUUCACGGGCAUCAAUGAAAGCAAUGAUUUCUUGGGCGGACACUGUCAGGUUCGGGCAGGUUAAGGUCCAAGCGGCUGUCUCAGCCAAAAAGACAGUAAAAAGUAUUGUAACAACUACAAAGGUUGUGAAGAAGAAGGUGUCCAGGCCACAGACUCCUCUAAGAAAGCAGCUGGGCCAUGCAAGCACUGGACAUGCAGAUUCGCCUGUUACGAUCGUUGUGGGCCAAGCUUUCAAGCAGAAAGUUUCGCACCCAACUGGUGCUGCACCAAAAGUCAUCUUCAAUACAGUAAUCUCAAAGAAAAACAUGAAAAUGGAUGAGGAUUUAUCUGGAAUCUCUGAAAUGUUUACAACACCUGUAAAAGAGGUGGCGAGAAAAUUGGAAACCAGCAGCACUACAAAGACACCAUUGCUAGUUAAUGAGCCAGCUGUGCUAGAGCCUUCUGUGCUGAAUACUCCUGAGGAGCCAGGUGAAAUGGUUGUAUCCCCACUCACUCUUGCAUCUACUGCAAAAGCAGGCCGAUACAACAAAGAGGCAGUGAAGCGCCUUCUGAAUGGCAGUCAAGAAUCCAGUUUCAACAAUUUCUCUUCUGGUAUGGAAAUUAAGGAGGAUUCUGUUGAACAGCAAUACACAGGAACAAAGGCAAGCGAUGUAACAACUCCUAAGCAGAAGCAGCAACCAUCAGUGUGUCUCACUGGUGUUAGGAGGCUCAUGAAGACCCCAAGACAGAAGGCUGAACCUGUGGAGGACUUGAGAGGAAAACUCCUGAAAACACCUAAACAAAAACCUGAGCAACAGGAAUGCCUCACCGGCGUGAAGAGGAUCAUGAGGACCCCCAGACAGAAGAUUGAACCUGUUGGGGAUCUGAGAGGAAAACUUCUGAAAACUCCAAAGCAGAAGUCUGAGGAAAAAAGAAUUUUGACCACUCCGACAGCGAGUGAACACAUUAACCUACAAUGGAAACUCCUCCCAACUCCCAAGGAAACAGAAGUUGCUGAUGUUUCUUUCAGUGGUAUUGCAGACCUUCUGGAGACACCGGCAAAAGAUUCACAUAACCUAGUAACACCAGCUAAAGAAUCACAAGACCUACCAGAACAGACAAACUCAGCAACUCCAAAAGUGAGCAACUCCCCGAUAGACUGCUUCGCUGGUAUCAAGAAAGUAAUGAAAACACCUAAGCAGAGAAGUGCACCUUUUGAAGGCAUUCUUGGAAUUGAGAGGCUCAUGAAGACUCCCAAAGUGCGAAGUGAACCAGUGGAGGACAACUUCGGUACCAAGCAGCUCAUGAAGUCACCCAGGCUGAGGGGUAGUGCUCCCCUAGAGGACUUUGAGGCACUUCAAGAGCUCAUUGAGGAACCAGUUGAGUUUAAAGAUCACCCUGCAAGUAGUUACUUGGAUGAAGAAAAAGAUUUUAUUCAAGGACAACCAGAGGACAAAGUGUCAUCAGGUGUGACCCAUGACACUCCUCAACUUGACAUCUCAAGAGAGAAAACUGAGGUUUUGGUGGAGGUUCCCAGUGUUGCUUGUGAAUCAUUAGAAGCUAAGAAAGCAGUUUCCCAGGCUGUAUCAGAGGCUGCACCAGGAGUGACAGAAAUGCACACGGCUUCUAUUGAGUCGGCCAAUUCAAAGAAAUCAGUCCAAGGUAGAAGGGCCAAAAUAGCGGAACCCAAAGUGGCUGAACCGGUGUCAACAGAAUCAUCUGAAGGUCCUGUUGUCACAGCUCUUCUCAGAGGAAGAAGGGGGAAGAAAGUAGACUCUACUGAACCACCUGCAGAAGAAGCAAUAGCGGCCCCAAAGACGAAAAGAGGAAGAUAUGCCAAAAAGGUUGAGACAGUCCAACAGGCUGCCCCUGAAACUUUGCCAGAGCCUGAGAGUGAGCAGAGUCUCCCAGUGGAUAUUGAACCUGUAAUGAAAAACAGUGCUGCACCUUUGGAAAAAGAGGCUGUGAACCCUAAAAGAGGAAGAUAUGCCAAAAAGGUUGAGACAGUCCAACAGGCUGCCCCUGAAACUUUGCCAGAGCCUGAGAGUGAGCAGAGUCUCCCAGUUGAUAUUGAACCUGUAAUGAAAAACAGUGUUCCACCUUUGGAAAAAGAGGCUGUGAAACCUAAAAGAGGAAGAUAUGCCAAAAAGGCCUUGGAACAAAUCGAAACGUUCCUCGAAGCUGCCACUGAAACUUUGAUGGAGCCUGAUAGUGAACCAACUCUCCCAGAGAAUAUUGAGCCUCCAAUAAGUGACAGUGUUGCACUUUUGGAAAAAGUGGCUGUGAGGCCCAAAAGAGGACGAUGCGCCAAAAAGGCCUCAGAACAAAUAGAAACGAUCGCUGAAGCUGCCACUGAAACUUUGCCGGAACCUAAGGGUGAGCAGACUCUCCCAGUUGAUAUUGAGUCUGCAAUGAAUAAAAGUGUUGCACCUUUGGAAAGAGAGUCUGUUAAGCCUAAAAGAGGACGAUAUGCCAAAAAGGUUGAGACAGUCGAACAGGCUGCCACUGAAACUUUGCCAGAGCCUGAGAGUGAGCAGAGUCUCCCAGUUGAUAUUGAACCUGCAAUGAACAACAGUGUUGCACCUUUGGAAAAAGAGGCUGUGAAAUCUAAAAGAGGAAGAUAUGCCAAAAAGGCCUUGGAACAAACUGAAACAAUCCCUGUAGCUGCCACUUUGCCGGAGCUUGAUAUUGAGCCGGCAGUGACUGACAAUGUUGCACCUUUGGAAGAGGCUGUGAAAGCCAAGCGGGGAAGAAAACCCAAACAAUUUUCUCACUGUAAACAAGCUCAGUCUUCUGCCUGCAGUGAUGUUUCCCAAGAUAACACUCCACAAGAUAACAGUGAAGGCAGUGGUGACCGCCAGGGCCAGAUGCCAAGUGAACACCAUGAAAAUAAAUCUUCAGAUUCUGCUAAGAGUUUGCCAGAAUUUAAGACUGCAACAGAGAGAGACAUCACUGUCGUUCAGAAGUCGUCUGUUCGAGGAAGACGGGGUAAACUAGUGGAAAAUACAGCGGAGGAAGAGAAGCAGGACACGGCUUUUGAAGAAGCUCUCGUCUCAGCUCCAGUCAGGGCCAGAAGAGGGAAGAGAAUUGAAGCAACCGCACCACCCGCAGGCAGACAAACUACCAGGAAUAGGAACGCAAAGACAAAGAAAGAUGCUUGUGAUGCUCAGUCUGUCAUGGUGCCAGAGAAAGAUAUGGAGUUAAAUUUGGUGACUGGAACUUCAGAAACCCACACCAGUCAAGAUGAUGUCAGAAUGUCUGAUGAGGACUUGGUCAACAAGUCGAGUCGAGGCAGAAGAGCUAAGCACACACCUGUUGAACCCCCUCAGCCAAAACUAGAAAAAACGCUGGAGAUUGAACAGCCUUCUGUCUCUGUACAACCACAGCUACCAGCACCAACCAAUAAAAAGGGAAGAGGCAGAAAAGUGAUCUCUGAGACAGUUGAGCUAGUGGAACAUGAAAAAGAUGAAAUCAUCUCUGAGGAAACAAAGCAUCAGUCCAAGCCUCUCGCCAGAACCAGAGGAAGAAACGCAAAGCACAAAGAAGAGCUAGAUAAUAGUGACAAGACUUCCGUAGUAGCACAGUCUGUACUCCAGGAGCUAAUAAAAACAUCACGUGAGCAAACUGUUGAUGUGGAAAAUCCUGUCCAAGUGCAAGCUGAAGCACCACAAGUUUCUGAACCAGAGCAAAUGAGCGAACACACUUCUAGCAGUACAAAAACAAGACGAGGAGUGGUACGAAAACUAAAGCAAGAAGCAGUUACUCCUGGGUCGGCAGAGAACCAAGAUAGUCCUAUUGAGACUCCAACAGAAAAACCCAAACGAGGAAGGCGAGCAAAACAAGUUGAAGAUGGUACCACCUCAGAAGUACCAGAAGAAACUGAUAUUGCAACAAGGCGAGUGGUACGAAAACCAAAGCAAGAAGUUACUGUUGAAUCUGUAGAGAACCAUGAUGGCCCAAUUGAAACGCUAACAGAAAAACCCAAACGAGGCAGGAGAGCAAAACAAGUUGAAGAUGUUACCACCUCUGAAGUAAAGGAAAAACCUGAACCUCAACAGAAACCGCAACGGGGAAGAGGUUUGAAAACUAAUUUGAAAAACGAGAUGCCACAAGUGGUUCCAGCCAAGAGAGCACGACGAGGGUCAGCCUCUGCCUGUGAGGAGGCCAAAGAAGUUCCAGUGACAGUUCCAGCGUCAGCUCCAGUCACAGUACCGGAGUCAGCUCCAGCUUCAUUAGAACCAGUCAAAAGGGGAAGACUACAAAACCCCGUAAGAUCAGUGAAGUGGAACCUAGAGGUCGAAGUUCAUGAGCUUCCGAAAAGACCUGUGAGAGCGGUGCGAGGCAAGCGGUCGAGCCCUGGUGAUCACGCUGUGACUCUAAGCCAGAGUGAGUCAGAGAAUGCUGAUAAAACUGAAGAGGACCUCUCAGAAAAAGCAGUGGAACCUCAGCCUGCCAAGAGACCCAGGCGAGGGACAAAGGUUGCAAAUGAAACACAGUCCACCAGCGAGGUAGCCACCAAGGAAGCUAAAGAUACUCCGACCCAGCCAAAAACUAGAAAAGGAAGAUCAACCAAGAAAUGAACACCUCUGUAUAAAGGUUAAUCAGAAUGUUUUUUUUUUUUGUUUUUUUUGCCAUCAGCCUUUUGUAAUUGGCACUGUUUUAUGAAAUCUCUUUUUGGGUCAUGUUUUACAUUAAAAAUUAAGCACUGUUCUUUUUUUUUACAGCAGGGAAUUUUAUCCACUUAUUUUAAUUUUUAAAUCAAUUUCAUUCGUUAUGUUUUGUGGUUAAAAAAAAAAUAAAGUAAAAUGUGCAUUUGAAA